AACUGUUUAAUGACUAUGUUAUAGAUGGAAACGGAUAGUUGUGGAUAGAUAGUUUCAUCCGAACAAUCCAACGUGGAGGCGUUUUCUUAUUCCUGCUUUUUUUCCCUUUUCAUUUAAACAAAAAAAAAAAGGAAGAGAAUUAUCAUCCACCUUAUUUUAAUUUAAAUUUUUCCCCCUUCCCACCAAGUCUUUUCCUUUUUGCGCUUCCUCAUUACCUGCCUUGUUGUUGCGUGUUACGUCACCAGUAAUUGAGCACAGGAAAAAAUGACGUCAGUGCGCGUGUCAACAUGGUAGAUUGCGGAGGCUUACGGUGUGCUCAAGAAAGGCGCAGCUUUAAGAAAGAACUGCUAUCAUGGGGCAAGAAAAUUCCAGUUUUGAUCGGUUUAGAAGCAGUUGCUUUGGAAAUUGGUGGUCAUGAUCUUGUUUCAGAAUUGCUGGAACCAUUUAAUCGUGAGUAUAAUUCUUCUGCCAUGUUUUCUGUCGGCUCUGAAGUUAGUGAAGAUGGCAUUAGUAAACUACCCUCAGGGUUCAAAUGCACACCAGAUCUUCUACAAUAUUGCCCACAGUACUACACCCAAGCUGCACAACAGGACUCCUCCCAGCAGCCACUUGACCUCAGCUCUAAUGGUUGUAGUCUGGACAAUGUGCCCUCUCCAGGCAGUGCUUGGGAAUUAGAUUUAGUAACCAAACCACAUGUCGAAUUAAAGAUACCACACAUUACAAUGCAGGCAGGGAAAUGCAAAAAGGACAGUCACCUUCAGAAUGGAAAGAAAGGUUAUACUGAAGAGGAAUUGGUGAACGCAGUCUUUGAAAUCCGCAGUGGAAAACUUGGUACACGCAGAGCUGCUGUGCUCUAUGGCAUUCCGCGUUCAACGCUUCGUAAUAAAAUUUUCAAAAUGGAAACAGAACAACAGCAAAAACAACAACAGCAACAACAACAACAACAACAGCAGCAGCAGCAACAACAACAAUCAGGUGUACUAAACAUGGAACUUGAUUGCAGUGAAGAUAGUCAGCAUUCUGAGAAUGCAAAUAAUAACAAUAACAAUAAUAAUAAUCAUAAUCAUAAUAACAAUAAUAAUAAUAACAAUAAUAGUAAUAAUAACAGUGUGCAACGUAUGUCAACAUCAUCAUCAGCAGCGACCAUAGCAGCAACUCCCAUUCCAACAGAUUCCAACCGUUUGUCUCCUUACAGUUUGUUGCUCCCUCCUGUGGUGAUGAACAGCCUUUCGAAUUCGCGUGACUUUCUGCUACACUCCGAAGAUGACUGGGAAAAGAAACUUGAUCAGAUCCGACGUAAGCACAAUCUUAACGGCGCCUCAGCGGACGUAAAAUACGAGAAACUGCCUUCUCUAGUUGGUACCACAAAUAAUCAUAUUAAUAACAUUAACCCUAAUACUACUACUAAUAUUACUACUACUACUACUCCUCCGACUACUACUGCUACUAAUAAUAAUAAUAGUAAUAGUAGUAAUAAUAAUAAUAAUAAUAAUACCAAUAAUAAUAGUGCACUGAACACUGAUUUCAAAUUGCCUCUGUUGCAUGAACUGGUGCGUAAAAUGACCGAGCAACGCCUCCUAAGUGAGCAAAAAUCCUCAAACACAAAGUCACCAGUUGCCUUAGAAAUUCUUCGUCAACCGCACGAGGCAAACCGCCAUCAUCAGCGACAGCAGCGACAACAGCAGUCGAUGAGUAACUGCUCCAGCACCCAAACUGUGGAACCGAAUCCCAAUUACAGACUUAUGUCCUUGAAAAUUCCGUCCUACCGGCCUGCAAAAACACAAAACAACAAUAACAAUAACCAUAACAGUAACAACAACAACAACAACAGCAGCAGCAACACAGACAGUACUGGUGGAGUUGAGGAACGGCCUUAUGACAGCAUGAAGAUCGGCGAUGCCCUCAAAGACAUCAUUGUGAAGACUAUUUCAGAAAAGGUUUACAAGCGUAAGCAUCAAGGGGAUAGCUUCAGCAGCACACAGGAUGAGAACCAUCCUGGUAACAACAACAGCAACAACAAUAACAGUAACUGCAAGACGUAUUCUUCAUCAGGAUCCAAUGUUUCUUCUAUGGUAGCCAGCAAGAAAAUGAAGAGAUCUGUGAGCCUAGAUAAAAAAGCAACAGAAAGUGCUAUUGACAAUUCCAAACCUGUGAAAAAGACCCGCCCCAAGCGUGGCCAAUAUCGCAAAUACAACAGUCAACUGUUAAUGGAAGCCGUACGUGCUGUUCAGCGUGGAGAAAUGAGUGUGCAUCGUGCAGGCAGCUACUAUGGGGUGCCACACUCUACAUUGGAGUAUAAGGUGAAGGAGAGGCAUCUACUGCGACAGAAGAAAAUCAAAGAAUCUCAAUUACAAAACGAAGCUAACAACAACAACAACAACAGCAACAACAACAGCAACAACAACAAUAACAAUAAUAGCAACAGCAACAACAGUAAUAAUAAUAAUAACAAUAUUGUCAUCAACAACAACACAUCCUCUGAGGACUCAAGCAUCAAAAAUCCCAUAUCUGUUGGCUCCGGGGUUAGCACAGCAGUUGGUGCAGGUAGCAGUGGGGUUGGCUCCACUGUUGCAGGUUCUGCUAGCAGUACCAAUACUGGUGGCAGCAGCAGCAGCAGCAGCAGCAGUGGCGUCCCCAAAAACAACAUCAUCUCCAACAGUAGCAACAAUUCUAUAAAAACUGAAAAAUCCAACAGUAACAGCAGCAGUGGCAGUAAUUCUAAGAAUAAUGGUAAAAACGACAGCAAACCACUGAAUUCGGUUUGGCUGCAACAAUAUGGCAAUGGACUGCCUCCUCAAUACGAUGCAUCUGGUAUGAAUCUUUUUAGCAGUAGCUUUGCUCUGAGCACACCAGCCUCAGAACUCCUGCGCAAACUGCAGCAUAAAGUGCAGAGCAAAUCUAAUACAUUUGCUCAAGAUGCUAACUUCCUUGCUGGAGCCCUGCACAGACCGAAUGGGAUGAAUUCAUUAGGGAGCAGUUUUUUGUUUAUUAAUUGAAACCUCGAAGGGGUGGUACAUAGGUGAAGAAUCCGACAAAAAAAAAAAAUGAAAUAAAAAUGAUAUAAUAUUAAAACUAAAUUAAAAUUAAUUUAAAUUAAAACAAAAUAUAAAAAAAAAAA